CUAGAGUGGCCUUCUGUGAGGCCAUUGGAUCGGCUGUUGAUAGGUGAAGUGGCCCUCUGUGAGGCCAUUGAAUCAACUGUUAUUAGGUGAAGUGGCCCUCUGUGAGGUGACUGGAUUGGCUAGAGUGGCCUUCUGUGAGGCCAUUGGAUCGGCUGUUGAUAGGUGAAGUGGCCCUCAGUGAGGCCAUUGAAUCAACUGUUAUUAGGUGAAGUGGCCCUCUGUGAGGUGACUGGAUUGGCUAGAGUGGCCCUCUGUGAGGUCACUGAAUCAGCAUUUGAUAGAUAAAGUGACCCUCUGUGGGGCCACUGGAUUGCCUAGAGUGGCCUUCUGAGAUCACUCGAUCAGCUGUUGCUGGGUGAAGUGGCCCUCUGUGAGGUCACUGGGAAAGAAAGGUGAUAUCUGUAUAUGAGGUAAAGGGAGGAAGGAUAGAAGAAAAAAAGGCGUGAAGAAAGGGAAAGAGGAGGAAGGAAAGAGAGGAGGAAGGAAGGAAGGAAGGAAGAAAUAAAAAGAAGGGAAGAGAAAGGAAAGAAAGAAGAAGUGUAUGACGGGAAAAGGAGGAAGGAAAGAAAGCUGCAAAUAGGUCUGUUGUUCCUCUUCCGUCUGUACUAGAAUGAAGGGCUUUGGCAUCUCUGACUCUCAAUGCUGUGGGGUCCUGGGAGUUGUAGUUUUACAAGGACGAGUGUUGAUGCCGCCCCAAACGAUAGCUCCCAGGAUUCCAUAGUUUUGAGCCAGGGCAGUUCAAAGUGGGAUGAAACUGCAUUAAUGUACGUUGAAGUGCGGCUUCAUUGGUCCUCUGUGGGACUCCCUGCUCCAAAUGUUAACAUUCCUGGCCCGAGGCAUCAAAAGCAAGGCCUCCCUUGUGCUGGUUGUUGUUGUGCGCCUUUGAUCCCAUUAGUAUUCCGGUGGCGCGGUGCGCUCCCUUCUCCUUUCAUUCAUGUUCGGUUCCAUGUCUGCAAGAAAAAGCCACGGGCGAUGCGUUUCCUCCGCUUCGGGAUUGGAAAACCCUUCCGUUCUUGCGACAAUCGCUGAGCCGGCAAGACCACAGCUCCGCUUUCCUGUGUGUACAUGAUUUGGGCCCAGCAAUAUAAAUAUGAUACCAAAAGAUAUAUAAACAACAAAGUACAGGUCUGAAAUCCAAGUUUGGUUUUGUCCCAACAGUUUGUCGUUGUCCGUCUCUUUUUUCUCUAUUUUCCAAAAGGUAACCCACAAAACACAAAAGCCUCUGCUUUGCAUACUUUUUCUCUCUCUCUCAGCUUCCUCAUUGCGUUAUUAUACAUAUUCGCUUCUUGCCAGAAAUGAAAAGACGAGGGGUGGAGCGACAAGUGGAACCAAAGAAGAAAAGGAGACCUCGCGGGUGAGGUUUUUCGGGGUGUCGUCGGAGACAUACAAGUCGCCACAAGCUUCCUCCCACUGAACCGUUUUGUUGCAAGUUGUCAAGAAGAAGAAGAAGAAGAAGGUUUCCUUUUCGGCUUCGAACAAAGCGCCUUUUAUUCGGACGCCUUUGGCACCGUUUUGGGCGGCCUUCCUCAUCAUGUCACACCUGCAGUUUAAGGACGUCUUUUGGUGCAAAGAGUUCACCGUUCACGCCGGAUACGAUGCGCUCCUGCAGCGGUUGCUGGACGGGCGGAAGAUGUGCAAAGAUGUGGAGGACUUGAUCAAACAAAGGGCACAGGCCGAGGAACGUUACGGGAAGGAGCUGGUGCAAAUCGCCCGGAAAGCGGGAGGCCAGACGGAAAUCAAUACUCUGAAGGCAUCGUUUGAAAUCCUAAAACAACAAAUCGAAAGUGUUGGGAAUCUGCACAUCCAGCUGGCCGUAACGCUAAGGGAGGAACUGAAGGCUCUGGAGGAAUUCAGGGAAAGGCAGAAGGAGCAAAGGAAAAAGUAUGAGGGCACAAUGGAACGGGCGCACAAGAACAAGCUUUCGAUGUAUAAGAAGACCAUGGAGUCCAAGAAGAGUUACGAACAGAAAUGCAAAGACGCGGACGAAGCCGAAGGAGCCUUUGAAAGGAUCAGUGCCGCCGGAAACCAGAAGCAAACAGAAAAAAGCCAGGCCAAAGCGAAGCAAUGCAAAGAAGCCGCCAAUGAAGCAGAAAGAGUCUACAAGCAGAACAUAGAGCUGUUGGAUCAGGCGAGAGUUACUUGGGAGCAGGAACAUAUCAGCACGUGUGAGGCUUUUCAACUCCAAGAAUGUGACCGGAUCACCAUCCUGAGGAACUCCUUGUGGGUCCAUUGCAACCAGUUGUCCACGCAGUGCGUCAAGGACGAUGAGUUAUAUGAAGAGGUCCGACUGAGCCUGGAGAAGUGCAAUAUAGACUCGGAUAUGGAUUGCUUCGUUCAGAGCAAGAUGACGGGAACAGAGCCUCCAGCGGCGAUUGGUUACGAAAAUUAUUACGAGAGAGCGACGUCUGCCAACGACAGAGCGAUUCCCACGAAAAGCUGCCACAGCCCCAUCCAGGCAUGCGGGAUGAUGAAGAGAUUCUCCGGAUUGCUUCACGGAAGCAACCGAAACGUCGCCGACAGCUCUAUCCCUUCGGCACCCGCCAUCGCUGAGAAACCAGAUGGUGUUUACGCUGCCAUCAAUGUGACCCACUCAGAAGAAAAUGCCUUGCCUCAGGACUACAAAGUGCUCUAUGACUACACAGCCCAGAAUGAGGAUGAACUAGACAUUCAAGCCGGGGACAUCGUCACGGUCAUCGAAGUGGGAGAAGACGGCUGGUGGACUGCAGAACUGGAUGACGAGCAUGGUUUUGUGCCUGGAUCCUAUCUAGAAAAACUUUGAGGAGAGGAAUGCUCUUUGGUGGCUUGCCCUGCCAAAUGUUUUACGCUCUCUCCCCAACUACAAGCAUUUUAUGUCUUUUCAUUCUAUGUAUACACAGUAUUACCCAUGGUUUUACUGAUCCAUGCCCAACAAAUAUAGGUCCUCUUUAGGCUACAUUUACAGCAUGGAUCUACAGUAUCCUUGGGCCAGAAGUCCUUUAUUAAAAUAAUAAUCCAAAUUUCACAUACCUAUGCAAAUGUAUCCCACUACUGGACUCAGGAUUGUACUGGUUGGAAAAGUUUGGUUUGGCUUGGACAGAUGUAGAAGCCACCUAAUUUGACUCAAUCUUAGUUCAGAAAUAUGUCUUCUUCAAGCUCCAAUUGACUCUAUCAACAAAAUCUUGUGAUUUCUCUCUCUCUCCUCCCUUUGUCAGAAUUUAAUCAGGUUUGCCAUCAAGAGGAGUCAGGAUUAUGGUGUUUUGCACCUUUAAAUUCUGAUCUAUUUAUUUUUUCAAAGAGGUUACUGUUAUGUGGCGCUGCCAUCGCAUCUCUGACACUGAUGACAUCUGUCUCUUCAGAUUCUCAGCUGCUAGGAACAAAACAGAAUAGCAGAGGUUUAGAGCUACUGUUUCCAGCAGCUGGGAAUUUGAGCAGAAAUAGCAAGAGGCAAGCGAGAGUCCUGAGAAAUAUCCGUACAAUCUCUUCCGAAGUAGCAAAGAGCUAUAUCGACCAAUCUGAUAAUAAACGUAAUACAUCAUAGUAAUAAUUAUACAACGCCGGCAUUUCUCGUUUCAUUCCCAGACCAUUGAACUUCUAUGGUGAACCCCAACAGGGACCAUAUUAACUCCAUAGCCUCUUAGUUUGGCAAUGGACACCUACUCUCUUAAUGUAGACAAGCAGAAGAAAUCUUAAAUUCCUCUUAUUUCACAAAUGAAGAUUCAACUAAAACUUGUAAACACCCAAUCGAACUGUGGUUUUGAGCAUCGGCAGAUCAUCUGAACACACAUGUAACAGAUUAAACAUAAUCCCAAUAAAACAACAUUGUGCCA